CCAGGAGGUGCUGGUUGCUAAGAAACAAUAAACUCACGAUCAGUUUCCACUUCUGACAAGAGAACCGGCGAUAACAAGUGUAGCUAAUGUUUUUGCUUCUGUAGUUUCUCUACUAAUGUUGAAGUGCCAUUGAUAGCUAUUAUCCACUCAGACCCAGAGUGGCAGACUAUCUGAGGCCACCAUGUCUUCGUUCUCCCAGAAGGGGUCCCCUCGCUGCCAGGCUGGCCCAGGGAGAGAGGAGGUGACUGGGGCCCGGCAGCAGAGGAUGACCCUCCCAUUCACCAUGUCCCCGGGCCACGUAGACCCAGAGGCACUGAGAGCCAGGCUGAUCUCAGUAGCCCCGAGCCAGGCACAACGCAACCCUGAUGCCCUGGUCUUCACACACACCACCAAGGCCCAGGAACGCAGGAGGGCAGGGCAGAGAUCCGUACCACUGGAGAUACUGCCGGUCCUGAAGAAGUACCAGGACCACAAGCAGCCAGAGUUCAUCCACAGGCAGAACCGGGAGAGGCUGCUCCAGUCGGGCUGGAAGCCUCCGUCGCCCUCCCUUGCUGGGGUAGAGUGGAUGGACAAGGCCCCUGACAGACAGAGCUCCACCCUUCACCUCCCUGAGCUGCCUGAACACGUCAAGGAGAAACAGGUGGAAGACGCUCAGAUGACCCAGAGUACCCUGUGUUCCCCCUCUCCCCCCAAACGCCCUCGCUCCUCCAAGUCCGCAAAGCCCUCCCCCACCGGAGCCUUCCUCCACUCCCCCUUCCCUCUCCCAGCCAGUCACCCCAUCAUCUUCAGCUCUGCAGAGGAUGUGAUCCGUGCCAAAAUACGCUCCCCGCCGGACAUCGUCAGAAUCAUCCGGAACAACCCUCACCUGGGCUUCCUGUACAUGACCUCUGCCGCACCCAAGAGCUCCAUCAAAUAUGAUGCUUAUAACCUCAAGAUAGUGACGUAUGAGAACAUCAACAAGCAGGACUACUCUACCAUCAGCCAGCAGGGUGUGACCUGCAUCUCUGACGCGGAGAUGGACUUCCUGCCGUUAGAGCGCUGGGAGCAUGAGUACCGGUGCCACCGUCGCCUCCUGGCCAUCCCGGCCUUCGCCCUCUUCAGGAGGUGGAAGGCCUUCAGAGUGUGGCGGACCAACGUCCGCUCCAAGAAGAUCAACACGUGCAAGAAGUCCCUUCAGGAGCGCCUGUUCAUCGUCAAUGAGUCUCUGCGUCCGGCGUUGCUGAACAUCAGAGAGAUGUGCUACAGGAUCAGUGACAUGGGGCUUUGUCACAUCCUGAAAGAUCACACAUACACGCUGGAGGAGUUCCAGGAGGCUCAGUACAACCAGCUGGAGGAGGUAUCUUCUCGUCUGGAAGAGUUCAGGGAGCUGGUAAAGGAGGUGGCCAGGAGCGCCUGUCACACGGCCAUGUUGGAGGCAGGAUACACACCUGACUAUAACUACAACACAGAGGGAACACCUGAGAUUGAGUUGCUGUUUGAAGAGGCUCCAGAGAAGAUGAGUUACACAGAACAGGCCAACAAGAGGUACCACUGUAGACGCCUCACCUGUUUCAUCCGGUUGGCUGACUACCUGAUGGUGAACACCAUGCACAUCCUGGCUGUGAACUCUGUGGCCAAACUACUGGCCGUCCUGCAGGACCAGAUCCAACACACCCCCACACACGCUGUCAUCCACAGCUGGGCCGACACCGAUGCUGCUGGAGACGGAGGUGGAGCCACGGAGGACUCCGACAGGAAGGCUACAGAGCCCACAGUGGAGGCUGUUCAUCUUCUACCCAUGUUUGUGUCGGAGCUGAUGUUGGAGACCCACGCUCUGACCUACGAACCCUCCGUAGACGUCUUCCAGGAGUGUGUGUCAGAGAUCAUCUCUAGGUUCCAGGAGACGGUGUUGUCAUUAGUUGUGCUGGUGACUGACUCCUACUUUGAUGCCUUCACUCAGCCCAUGAUCAACAGCAAGGUGGAGGAGAAGACGUGUGGUGACGGUCCUGGUCUGGAGGCCAUGUUAGAGGAUGAUAAACACCUCCUGAACAUCAUCCUCGACAUCAAGCAAUCGCUCCAGUUUGCGUUUGACUCGGCCAGCGUGUACGCGCGCACCUUUGAGAGCUUCCGCGUCUUCUACAGAGAGAAUGAGAGUCUGGACCUGGACGCGCUCAGAGAUCAGGAUCACGGAGUGGCGUUCUUCGCUGAGAGUCUGAAGAAGUACCACAGCGAACAUAAAGAGGCCCUGGCCAUCAAACAGAAGAGGCACCUGGGCCUGCUGCUGGUGGACACCACUCUGCUUAAAGGGAAGCUCCUCCCCUCACCACUACGCUGUCUGGAGGCCAUCAAUGACAUGCUCCCCCUGCUGGCCAAGAGAAAGAUCGACGCCAUCAUCGCUGAGGCUCAGGAUGCCCAGUUCAAACUGGAGUUCAUCCCCUCUGCAACUACAGAGUUCGUCAACUCCCUCACCUUCCUAGAGGAGAUACAGGAGCGGAUGGAGUGGUUGGACGAGCAGACAGAGACCGUGUGCCAGAUGUACAAGCUGAUAGACUCCUACUCCGUGCCCAGCCCUCCUGAGGACUUUGCCGUCUACGCCACCCUGAAACCCUCAGUCACCGGCGUACGCAACGCCAUCGACAAGGCCGUGGGAGAGAAGGACGCCAACGUGGACAAGUUCUGUGUCCACCUCCAACGGGACAUCACCGACCUCAACAAGGAGGUCAAGAGGGUCAAACAGCAGGCUCAGAACAAUCAGAUCAUGGACAUCAACGCUGAGCGUCCCAAGGUCCGUCUGCUGCUGGACGAGGUCCAGGUCUCCAUAGACGAGCUGCAGAACCAGGCCUUCCAGUACAAGUCUUUCCAGAAGAACUUCAAGGUGGAGGUGACUAAGUACGAGGCGUUAGAGGAGCUGAGUGCGGAGGUGAAACUGAAACAGCUGCUGUGGGACUCUCUGGAGGAGUGGGACGCCCUGCAGGCUGGCUGGAUGGAGUGUAAGUUUGAGGAGUUGGACCCAGAGACUCUGAGUGCCCAGGUCAAUAAAUAUGCCAAGUGUGUGAACCAGCUGGAGAAAGGCCUGCCACCCAACAGUGUGGUUCCACGACUCAAAGAGCAUGUUGAGGGCAUGAGGGAGAAGCUCCCAGUGAUCACAGACCUGCGUAACCCGUGUCUGAAGGGCAGACACUGGGAGAUUCUGGAGGCCGUCAUAGAGGCCAGUCUCCUGGAGGAACCUCAAACUCUGGCCUCUCUAGAGGGACUCAACAUCUUCAGCUACAGCGAAGCGAUACAGGAGGUGUCAGGACAGGCUUCAGGAGAGGCAUCGCUGGAGACCAUCCUUAAAAAGGUUGAGGAUUCCUGGAAGACCACGGAGUUUCCGGUUCUCUCCCACCGAGAGUCUAAAGACCUGUUCAUCCUGGGAGGAACUGAUGACAUUCAGGUGCUGCUGGAUGACAGUACCAUCAACAUGGCCACGGUGGCGUCCUCUCGCUACGUCGGCCCCAUCAAGACCAGAGUAGACGAGUGGCAGAGGCAGCUAAACCUCUUCAGCCAGACACUGGAAGAGUGGCUGACGUGUCAGCGUAACUGGCUGUACCUGGAGAGUAUCUUCAGUGCUCCAGACAUCCAGAGACAGCUUCCUGCUGAAGCCAAGAUGUUCCUCCAGGUGGACAAGUCCUGGAAGGAGAUUAUGAGGAAGGUCAACAGGCUUCCCAAUGCUCUGAGGGCUGCUACACAGCCAGGUCUGCUGGAGAUCUUCCAGAACAACAACGCCCUGCUAGACCAGAUCCAGAAGUGUCUGGAGGCCUACCUGGAGUCCAAGAGAGUCAUCUUCCCCAGGUUCUACUUCCUGUCCAACGAUGAGCUCCUGGAGAUCUUGGCUCAGACCAGGAACCCCCAGGCCGUUCAGCCCCACCUCAGGAAGUGUUUUGAUGCUAUCGCCCGCCUGGAGUUCGCCCUGCUGCCCCCUCCGCCCCCCGGCGCCAUGACAACGCAGCCUGCAGACGGAGAGCAGGAGAAGGUCUACAGCAACGACAUUCUGGCCAUGGUCUCACCUGAGGGAGAGAAGGUGGGCCUGGCUAAAGGUCUGAAGGCGCGUGGUAACGUAGAGGACUGGCUGGGUAAAGUAGAGGAGGCCAUGUUCUCUUCCCUCCGCCGCCUCAGCAAGGCCUCCAUCGCUGACUACCAGAGUAAAGAACGAGAGGAGUGGGUGGUGGCUGGACACCCCUCACAGGUGGUGUUAACCAUCAGUCAGUUGAUGUGGUGCAGAGACCUGGACGGCUGUCUGGAGGGAGACCACGACCACUUCAUGGCCCUGCAGGACUUUGAAUAUGUCAACAUUGAUAGGCUGAAUGCCCUAGCAGCCCUGGUUCGAGGCCAACUCCCCACCCUGCACCGUAACAUCAUCACAGCUCUCAUCACCGUAGACGUGCACGCCAGGGACAUUGUCACAGACCUCGUGGCCCGGAAGGUUGACUCCAGCAGUAACUUUGAGUGGCAGAGGCAGCUGCGUUACUACUGGGACUUGGACCUAGAUAACUGUGUGGCCAGGAUGGCUCUGUCCACCUACAUCUAUGGAUAUGAAUACCUGGGGGCCUGCCCUCGCCUCGUCAUCACCCCACUCACAGAUCGUUGCUACCUGUGUCUGAUGGCUCUUCAGUUAGAUCUUGGUGGGGCUCCAGCAGGCCCAGCUGGAACAGGGAAGACGGAGACCACUAAGGACCUGGCCAAGGCUCUGUCCAUCCAGUGUGUCGUCUUCAACUGUUCUGAUGGACUGGACUACAAGAUGAUGGGGAAGUUCUUCAGUGGUCUGGCCCAAUCAGGGGCCUGGUGUUGUUUUGAUGAGUUUAACCGCAUCGACAUUGAGGUGCUGUCUGUCAUCGCCCAGCAACUCAUUACUAUCCGCAAUGCCAAGAUGGCCAAGCUGUCCAGGUUCAUGUUUGAGGGCAGAGAGAUCAAGCUGGUGAUGACAUGUGCUGCCUUCAUCACUAUGAACCCAGGCUACGCUGGACGCACUGAGCUCCCUGACAACCUCAAAGCCCUGUUCAGACCCAUAGCCAUGAUGGUGCCCAACUAUGCCCUGAUCGCUGAGGUGAUCCUCUACUCUGAGGGUUUUGAGUCCAGUAAGACUCUGGCCCGAAAGAUGACCCAGAUGUACAAGCUGUGUUCUGAGCAGCUCUCCCAACAGGACCACUAUGACUUCGGCAUGAGGGCCGUCAAGUCUGUCCUCGUCAUGGCAGGCUCUCUGAAGAGAGAGAACCCCCACCUGAGUGAAGACGUGGUUCUGAUCAGGGCUCUGAGAGACUCCAAUCUGCCCAAGUUCCUCACAGACGAUGCUGCGCUCUUUGGUGGCAUCAUGUCUGACCUGUUCCCUGGCGUGUCCAUCCCUGAACAUGACUACGGUGUUCUCCAAACCACCAUCCUGGAGUCUCUAGUGAAACGCAACCUGCAGCCCCUACCCAGCAUGACGCACAAGGUGAUCCAGCUGUAUGAGACCAUGAUAGUACGUCAUGGUGUGAUGUUGGUGGGGCCUACAGGUGGAGGGAAGACCACGGUCUACUCCAUCCUGUCUGAUACCUUAGAUACCCUGUGGCAGGCUGGCCGGGAAACACAACCCCUUUACCUCCCGGUCAAGACAUACGUCCUCAACCCCAAGUCUGUCACCAUGGGAGAGCUCUACGGAGAGGUGAACAUAUUGACCCUGGAGUGGCGUGACGGCCUGAUGGCGCUCAGCGUGCGAGCGGCCUGCAAUGACACCAGCGAUGACCACAAGUGGAUCGUGUCGGACGGUCCGGUGGACGCGCUGUGGAUUGAGAAUAUGAACACGGUCCUGGACGACAACAAGAUGCUGUGUCUGGCCAACAGCGAACGCAUCAAACUGACCCCGUCUAUACACAUGGUGUUUGAGGUCCAGGACUUAUCGGUGGCGUCCCCAGCCACAGUGAGUCGCUGUGGGAUGGUCUACAUCGACUCUAACGAACUCAAAUGGAUGCCCUAUGUCCAGACCUGGAUCACUGGCCUGGCUAAAAAG